AUGGAGAUGGUGAAGAAGAUUAACCUGGUGCUAAGAAACAGAGCUCCAGAGAAAGUGACAGAAUUAGUUCUUGAUAAUUGCCUGUGUGUCAGUGGGGAAAUUGAGGGCCUGAAUGACACUUUUAAAGAAUUGGAAUUUCUGAGUAUGGCUAAUGUGGCACUCCGUUCACUGGCCCACCUUCCCAGCCUAAAUAAACUUUGGAAGUUGGAACUUCCUGACAAUGCAAUUCUGGAUUUGUUUAAUUAUGAGAUCACAAACCUGGAAGAUUACCAAGAAAGUAUUUUUGAGCUGCUGCAGCAAAUCACAUACUUAGAUGGAUAUGAUCAGGAAGAUAAGGAAGCACCAGGCUCAGAAGAGGAGGAGGAUGAAGAUGGAAAGGAAGAUGAUGAAGAGGAAGCUGACAAGGAGGAGGAGGAGGAGAAGGAAGAGGAGGAAGAGAAGGAGGAGGAGGAGGAGGAGGAGCAAGAGGAGGAGGAGGAGGAGGCCGGCUCAGAACUGGGAGAGGGAGAAGAAGUAGGCCUCUCGUACUCGAUAAAAAAAGAAAUACAGGAUGAUGAAGAUGAUGAUGACUAUGUUGAAGAAGGAGAAGAGGGAAAAGAGGAAGAAGGUCUCUGGGGGGAGAAGAGAAAAUGA